AUGUCUAGCUUUCUACUCCCGUUGGAAGUAUGCGAACAAUUUACAAGUGCUAUCGCGAGAUUUUGGUGGAGCUCAGAUACAGAAAAAAGAGGAGUGCACUGGGCCAGCUGGGACAAGAUGUGUAUCCCUAAAAAAGACGGUGGGACAGGUUUUAGAGCCAUUCAUGAGUUUAACUUAGCCCUGCUGGCAAAGCAAUUAUGGAGACUCUUAAGGUUUCCGGAUUCACUGCUAGCGAGAGUUUUGAGAGGCAAAUACUAUCCUUAUAGCACACCUCUGAGACUAACCCAUGUUGAUUCACCGUCAUACGGGUGGAGAAGCAUCAUAGCGGCCAAACCUUUGCUUUCAAUGGGGAUUGUACAAAAAGUUCACUCUGGACUCAAUACAAGAGCUUGGGAAGAUCCAUGGAUCCCUACUAUCCCGGCCAGACCCGCAAAUGCGCGGAUCCCGGUAGUACAUCCUAGGAUGACAGUGAGCGACUUCAUCAACAGAGAGACAAAGGAAUGGAAUGUGCAAAUGUUAGAGGAAUACAUGAAUCCAGAGGACAUUCCCCUCAUACGAAGUAUAGCCAUCAAUAAAACUUUCCACAUGGAUAGCUAUAGCUAG